AUGACCGGAUAUGUCGAAUUUGCCUCGUCCAGUGAAGACGAGUUCCCCGACCUGGAUGUCGUCCUCCAGAGAAGUAAACAAAUUCGCCGGCCCGCCAAAGCACCAGCACAAGAUACAGCGAGCGGCGAUGACGACAAUGUUUCCCCUUCGAGACAGCUCGAGGAGGAGGCUCUUCGUUGGAAUACGUCAGCACCGAAGGGCUCUGGGACUGGGAAGCCGGUAGACUCGGGCGUUGCGCCGUUGACGGUGGUUCGGCGCCGUAAGCUCGGCGCAAAAACAGACAACCCUUUACUGAAGCCUUUUGGGGCGUUUGGAAAACUGAAUGAAGGUCAAAACCUGUUUGAUGUCCCAGCCAGGACCAGGAAAGCCCCGAGUACAACAGUCCGGGAGCUGCGCGCAAGGACUCGAGACACGACGCCGACGAAUGUCCCGUCACGGGAAGCGGAGGAUGAAUCAGAGGACAGCGCGAACGAGCAAACGGAGAUCACCGAGGCCGACAUUUCCGAGUUCUUUGGGGAUUCGCAAUCAGAGGCUGAAGAGGACAGCACCCCGAUUCUCUUUGAGCGUGAAGAGCCGACGUGGAACAGCCGUCGGCCAGUUCGGGGCCGUAGUCAACAAGAAACAGACUCGAUGCUGAAGGACCCUCUCAGGGCCACGAGACUUGUACCGGACACUAACUUGCCAAAAUCCAACCCGGUGAAGGAUAGAAAGACUCGACAUCAGUCUUCUACGAAAGGACGGGGCACCGAAAGGACGCUUGAUCGGAAUGUCGCCGGGCCAAAGUCUGCCGUCGUCGAUUUGACUGACGAUAUGACUGACGCCCUUCGCCGACUGGGCAUCACAAACAAAGAAUACCAGGGACACAACACAAACGCCAAAGACGAUGUGCCCCCGACAUCACCACCAUUGACACCACCCAGGUCGUCCAGCAAGUCCUUGGUAUCUCCAAAUAAGCUCCCCGGCAUCCCAAAGACACCUCACAGACCUAGUAUGGACCUGUUCUGGAGCCAAGAAUUCGUGGACGAGUGGAAUGAGGAGCACUCCCCCAAAAAGCUGAUCCUACCCCCAGCGCAGAAGAGUCCAGCAAAGAGUCCGGUCAAAGCAAAGGCAGGCAGGACAGAGAGCGCGAAGCAAAAGGAGAACAAGAAAGCGUUUGAGCAGAGAAAGCACGAACUGGCCCAGAUGUUCCUCCGAGAACUCGACGACGCCAUCACGCAGGGCAAACUCCAGGCCCUGGCCGAGUCUACUGGAGGCAUCAAGAUCAACUGGUCGGCCAAACUCAACACCACGGCGGGCAGGGCCAACUGGAGACGGGAGAAGGUCCGCAGCAGACUUCCCGACGGGACCGAAAAGUCCGUCUCGGACCGCCAUCACGCCUCUAUCGAACUCGCAGAAAAAGUCAUUGACGACGAGCACCGCCUCCUCAACGUGGUCGCGCACGAGUUCUGCCACCUGGCCAACUUCAUGGUCAGCGGCAUCACGGGCAACCCGCACGGCAAGGAGUUCAAGGCCUGGGCGGCCAAGUGCUCGCAGCGCUUCGGCGACCGCGGCAUCGAGGUGACGACGAAGCACACGUAUGAGAUCGACUACAAGUACGUCUGGGAGUGCACCGAGUGCGGGCUCGAGUACAAGCGGCACUCCAAGAGCAUCAACCCGGAGCGCCACCGCUGCGGCUCCUGCAAGGCCCUGCUGAAGCAGACAAAGCCGACGCCGAGGGCGACGGGCAAGACGUCCGAGUAUCAGCAGUUCUUCAAGGAGCAGAUGAAAAUCGUCAAGCAGGAGCACCCCAAGAGCCCGCAGAAGGAGGUGAUGAAGAUCAUUGGGGAAAGAUGGGCGAAACGCGGCGGGAGCAACCGGGCGACUCCCGACUCGGAGGACCAGUCGGCGUCGGUUUCCGAGACCAGCGUCAGCAAGAUUGGUUCCCGUCUUGUUGACUUGACACUGUAA